GAAACUCGAAAUCGACCGGUGCACAUCCUUGUAAAUAAAUAUGCACUGGCAUUUUGACAAGUAUAAUUAUAAGAGUAAAAUUCUGUGGAUGUUUUGAAAAUAGUAUUUAAAUUGAACGUGAGUGUCGUAAACACACAUCAAAAUGAGCUCGGGUGAGACUUGCGAAAAUUUACAAUAUAGGUGGAACCAUGUGCGAAAAAUAUUGGAAAGACCGGGGCCUUUUUGUCAUCCCAAUGAAGACAGGACUGUAAACGUCUUGCAGUUUAUUAUGAACACGUGCAAAAUACUUGUAAUCGGCGCGGGUGGUCUUGGAUGUGAACUUUUAAAAGAUCUAGCACUUAUGGGUUUUAGAAGUAUUGAUGUUAUUGACAUGGACACAAUCGAACUUUCUAACUUAAAUAGACAGUUUUUGUUCCGUAGGAAAGAUAUUGGCGCUUCCAAGGCAGAAGUUGCCGCGAAGUUUAUAAACAGCAGAGUUCCAGGGUGCGUCGUUACUCCGCAUUGUUGUAAGAUCCAAGACUACGACGAGUCUUUCUACAGACAAUUUCACUUGGUCAUAUGUGGUCUUGAUUCCAUUGUAGCGCGACGUUGGAUAAAUUCAAUGCUAAUUUCUUUACUGUCGUAUGACGACGAUGGAGAGUUGGUGGAAUCAAGUAUAAUACCAAUGAUAGAUGGUGGCACGGAGGGUUUCAAGGGCAAUGCACGAGUCAUAAUUCCUGGUCUUUCAGCAUGUAUUGAAUGUACGUUGGACUUGUUUCCUCCCCAGGUAACAUACCCUCUUUGCACAAUCGCCAAUACACCCCGCCUACCAGAACACUGCAUCGAAUAUGUUAAAGUGGUUUUGUGGCCAAAAGAAAACCCGUGGAAUGCCUCAAUCGAUGGUGACGAUCCAAGUCAUGUUAACUGGAUUUAUGAGAAGGCUCUGGACAGAGCCAACCAAUUCAGCAUCCAGGGUGUGACAUACAGACUGGUGCAAGGUGUGGUUAAAAAUAUAAUCCCAGCAGUGGCUUCCACCAAUGCAGUGAUAGCAGCAGCAUGCACCACAGAGGCAUUCAAGCUAGCAACACGUUGCUUCCUCCCCCUGGACAAUUACAUGGUGUUCAACGACGUGGACGGAAUAUACACUUACACGUACGAGGCAGAGCGGAAAGAGGACUGUCUUGUGUGUGGCCAGGUUCCGAGGACACUGAACAUCAAGAAGGCUGGGAUGAAACUGGAAGAACUGCUAGCACUGCUCUGUGAAGACACAGAGCUGCAGAUGAAAAACCCGGGUCUGACGGCGAUGGUAAACGACAAGAAUCGCACUCUGUACAUGCCUAGGGGCAACAUUGAGGAGCAGACUAGGGGCAACCUCAAGAUGACCCUGGAAGAACUUGGCCUUAAAGAUGGAACGCAGCUGAUGGUGGCUGAUGCUACCUCGCCGAGCGCGGCUGUUCUCACUCUCAAGUUUGUGCCUCCCGUCGAUGUUGAAAUGCAGUGAACUGAUUGCUGCAACUUGUAUCAGUUUUUUUUGGUCUAGAAUGUUGGCACUAGUGUGGUGGGUUUGAUGCAUAAGUGUGUCUUGAGCAGGUUCUCACAAUGCAAGUUUGACAGAAGUUGCAUAUGGCUGCUUUAAUGUUCCGUUUCUUUUAUAAGAUGCUUACAAUUUCAAGGAAUGUUGCACAUGAUGUCUCACAUUAUUAUUUUUUUGUCAGUUGUUUGAGUUUUUUUUUGCCAGAGGCAUGAUAAAUCAUUACACAAGUAAA